AUGUCCCAACAGCAUUCAAACACCUCCAUGGGUGAUGAGGCUAUUCUCCUGCAGCAUCAGUUUACCUCGAAUUUGCAUAUCAGUCCCCAUGCUGUGUCCCCACAUGGAAAGAGCCACUCCCUGGCUGCGAUGGACAGUGCAGAGGUUUUGCCUGAGCGCUUGCCAACUCCCACUGGGACAAACCGAAUCAUUCUCAGCACGGAAAGCUCCGCUGCUCUCAAAGUGGGCACACAACAGCUCAUUCCUAAGAGCCUGGCUGAGGGCACCAAAUCCAAGCCCCCUUCCCGGCACCAGAGUUUCUCCGGAAGUGUCCUAAGUAAGGAGGGAGCCCGAUGCGACCCAAAGCGCAUGUCAGCCCCCAGCAUUUCUUUUGAUGAUCUGGACGAGAUGGAUCUGAGCAGCGGGAUGCUGAAACGCAACUUGCGCAAUAUGUCAUACCGGGCUGCGAUGAAGGGCAUCGGGAAUGGUGAGGAACCGGAGCCGUCCAAGACUAUCAAUAGCCUCAAGCCACUGUAUGAAGAAACCAGUGACCAAGGAGCUCAUCACUCUGGAAGAAAUAAGAGAACCUUUGGUCGGCGGCGGAUGCAGAAGCACAGGGGUUCCUUCAAGGAUGAUCCCCGCCUGUAUCAAGAGAUUCGUGAGAAAGGACUCAACUCUAUCAGUCAUGAGUCAGAUGAUGACCUCCUAGAGGUAGAAUGCAUCCCAGAGGAACCUCCUCCUGCCUCUGACUCAACCAUCAUGGUGAAAAACUAUCGGCCUGUUCACGUCACAUGGAGCCAGCUCCCUGAGGUACAGGAAGCAGGCAUCCUGGAGCUGAUAUUCCCAGAAGAACGCAAGAGGCAAGAGGCCAUUUUUGAGAUCAUCACAUCUGAGUAUUCCUAUAUGCAUAGUCUGGAGAUCCUGGUGGACCACUUCUUGAAAUCUGAGAGGCUGAAGGAGACCAUGACUCAAACAGAUCAUCACCACCUUUUCUCCAACAUCAGGGAUAUCCUGGCUGUUAGCAAGAGCUUUUUUGAGGACCUGGAAAAGCGGCAUCAGGAGCAUGUCUUGAUCCCGGACAUCAGUGAUAUUGUGGAAGCUCACGCAAGCAACCAUUUUAACCCAUACAUUAUCUAUUGUUCCAAUGAGGUCUACCAGCAGAGGACCCUUCAGAAGCUGUUAGCUGUGAAUCCUGCCUUUAAGGAGACCCUGAAACACAUUGAACAGAAACCAGAAUGUGGUAGCCUUCCUUUGAUCUCCUUCCUCAUUCUCCCUAUGCAGAGGGUGACACGCCUGCCUCUCCUGAUGGAUACUGUUUGCCAAAAAACCCAGAUGCAUACCCCAACUUAUGAAGCUACCACCCAAGCUCUGAAGGCAAUGAGUAAGCUUGUGAAGAGAUGCAACGAGGGCGCCCACACCAUGGAGAGGACAGAGCAGAUGUACACAUUACAGCAGCAGCUGGAAUUUGGAAAGAUCAAGAACUUCCCACUGAUUUCUGCUUCCCGGUGGCUGCUGAAAAGGGGGGAACUCUCCCUCCCCCUGACAGAAGAGGGUGGAAUUUUCCGGAAGGGCUCUGGACGUGGGAACUGCUAUCUCUUUGUGUUCAAUGAUGUCCUGAUCAUCACCAAGAAAAAGAGUGAGGAGAAUUACAUAGUCCUAAACUAUGCAAUGCUGGAUCAGCUAUCAGUGGAGAAAAUUGAAAACCCAGAUGCUCCCUCAUCUCCCCCUGGCAAGCCAGGUUCAAGUGGGGUUUUCCGCAGUGGCAACUUGUUCCGAGUGGUCCUGAACAAAGAUAGCGAAGGGAAACAGGAGACGAUUGUACUGGCCACAGAAUCCCUGAGUGAUCGUGCCCGAUGGAUCACCGCUUUGAUGCACAGGGAGGAUAAAAGCACUAACACUGUGAAGAAAAGAGAGCUUAAGCAGGUGGAGAUUACACGGGCUUACCUGGCCAAGCAGACAGAUGAGAUUUCUCUCCAGCAGGCUGAUGUUGUUCUGGUCCUGGUCAGAGAGGAGGGCUGGUACUUAGGAGAGCGUCUGCGUGAUGGGGAGAAGGGCUGGUUCCCACAGUCCUGCGCCCAGGAGAUUACCAACCACAGCGCUGUGAAGCGCAAUGUCCAGCGCAUGGAACGGUUGCGCAUAGAAACGGAUGUGUAAGCUGGAACAUAUUGAAUAUUAGUACACCGG